GUGAUUGUUUCGAACAUGGCGGCUUGAAAGUCUGAUCGAUCUACUCACCAGGAAUGCAAUUCCAAAGGCAAAUUUUAUCUAGAAUAGCUGCUUCCUGCAUUCAUGCACGAAAACUGAACAGCUGCAGUAGUAAGUUGAUCACAAGAAAUUCGGAUAAAGGUAAACAGUGUUUAUUAAUAAUUACAAGAGGGCACAUCUGUUGUAACCUGAAUUCAGUCGUUUUCUCCUCUGAGUAAUAACGACUCGAAGUAAUCGGAUGAAAUUGAGGCUAACAUCUGUUGUCCAUGAAUCUUUCCUUCCUUCCUUUUUUUCCUUAUUAUUUUCAGUUGUUUCGCACUGUAGUCCCUGGUAGUCGUAGUUCCUCUCAUGACAUUAAAAUGAAGUGGCCAGAUAUCUGUACCGAAUAAACUGUUACAUACACGUAUCACUCUCGGGCCGCCCCUGUUUCACCAAAAUGUUUCAAAAAAAAUCAUUCGCCGCGCUCUCAAAGUUGACUGACACAUCAAAAGAAAUUGGAGAGAUGUAAAAUGAAAUAGAAGCCACAUUUGCAAAAUUAAGUCGGUAAAGUGCCAGUGUUCGUUCCAUUCCAUCACUCUUUGAUGGACGAGGUGUAACGCAGUGGAGGUCCAGAUUUAAAAGAAAUGGCCGAGUAAUCUGAAGUUUAGCUGGAUAUAAAACUUAGCAUAAAUAUAAAUAUAUAUAUCAUUUGCUGUCUUGUCUGGCAAGUAAUCUACUGAUUUCGUUGGAGGCUAUAUAGAUUGUUUGGUGGCGAGAUGUCUGUUUCAUGCAUAUCACUAUGGUACCGUGGAGCAAAGCUCUUGAUGUACGGUCACACUUUCCCACCAAACCAUAAUCACCACCAAGAAAUGUAUGAAAAUGUGUAAUUUUCUUAAUACUUGUUGAAAGGACAUGUCUUAAAAGGAGAAUUCCUUCACUUUAAUUUUACAAUGAAAUGGUCAAGUGACAACAUUACCCUACUAAGUAUAAAAAGGGCUUUUGAAUUUUAAUAACUUGCGCCUCUUGAGUGAUGCAACUUAAGCCGUUUAAAAAGUCGCAAGUAAACAGGUACACAACAAGUGAAACAAAACCACUACUUAAUCAUGUUUACAAAAAAAAUAGAUAAAAUAAAAUAACUGUUAGUUUUUUGAGUGAUUGUAUGGAAGGUAAGGAUCCUUAGGUAUUCUGGGAAUAAAAACAUUGCAAUCAUUGGCACAUGCACGAGUCUCAGGCCAACUUGACAUUCAUCAAACCUUUUAUCAAUGUUUAGAGUGUUAACUCCCUCCCUUUAAGCCCCAAUAUCCACAUACAAUUUCUCCAAACUGAUCUCUGUACAUUUCCAUAAAGAAUGUGUUGAGAGAAUUUGAUAAAAGAUCAAGGCAUUAUCUCUUUGGUGAUGAUUUUAUUAAUUCUCAUAACAUAAUCUCUUGAUAAUGUGUGGAUAUCGUUAGGAGAAAAUUGAUGUUGGUCACCAUUGGGACUUAAAAGGAUUAAGGCCCUGUUCAGACACUGAUCUUUUUAUGAGCUGAACCUAAUACAGUCGCACGUCGAUUAUCCGGACUCGUUGGGACCAGACGAAAUAGUCCGGAUAAUCCAGGGUCCGGAUAAUCGAAAAUAUGAAUAUUAAUGAAGAAGAAAACUGAUAAAAUUGAGAAAAUGACUUUUGAUCGUGAAACAAGACUUUAACAAAUUGUUGGGGGGACCAGAAACUGGAGUGCCAGAUGUUUGUUGCUGAAUAAACCAGACAUACAGGGCUUUAUUGAGCUCUUCAUCGUGUGCAACUGUCAGUGAUUUUUGCUUCUGUCCUUUGCUGGUCUCGUUGUACAUUGGAAUUAAGUACAUGAAAAGUUCGGCGUCUGAAUCAGUUAGGAAUGCCUAUUUCAAUUUGGAAUGGCUCAGCCGUUCUUCACGCCUAGCCUGGCCGGGAAUUGUGACUGUGGAACGGCCUUGGAGUAGCUUUGAUUCAGAUGCUAAACUUUUCAUGUACGGAACCUACAUGGCAUAAAUUAUAAUUAAGUAUUUUGCAAGCAGUUUGAUCAAAAUGAGCAUUUUUCUCCUUUUGAAUUAAGUUCGGCAUCUGAAUCAAUUCAGGCAGUCCAAAUAGUUUGGGUCAGGUUAAAUUCAUAAAUAGGUUCAGCUCAUAAAAAGUUUUAAGUUUGGUGUCUGAGCCAGGCCUAAGAGGAGGAGAAGUACAACAUAAAGCUCAUCAAUAUUAUGAUCUACAGAUAUGUAUUUGGGCUGGCACAUUUGUAGGGGAAUCCUGUAGUCUCUGUCUUUGAAGUUUGAUGUUGUGCACGAAGGGUAACAAAGCAAGGUCUGGUUACAGGUUUUAACUGUAUGGUAAAAUGUUAAGGCGAUUUGGCCUGUGUCAUAUGCUGAUCAUUUCCUAUUUUGCUUCUCAUUCUCAUUGUAGAUGCAAAACUUUUAUUGUCAAUGAAACCCGUAAAUGACACUUACUAUACAAGCAACAUACCAUCAACUUCUUCGUUACCUAUCCUACAAACAUUCAUCUUUCCUUGGAUUAACUCAAGUGAUAUUUACAGAGAUGUGCACAAUAACUGCAGCCCUAUGGUCUCAAUAAAAUUCCCACAUGCAUCUGUUCUUGAGCAGCAAAUUCACGAAUUCAUAUUUCCGUUCUACUUGCCAAAUGCUGACAAGGUUAUUGGUGAUAAAGAAUCUCAGGAACUCACCAUGGGCGAUGAAACAAAAGAUAUUCCUACAGUAGCUUUCAGCAGUAUACUGAAAAAACGUCACAAGAGGAUGAAGAAACACAAGUAUAGGAAAAGACGGAAGCUAGAAGUAUUCAAGCGUAGGCGUUUGCAAAAUAUCAAGGACCGAAAGAGGCGUGCUAAAGAGAGGAAAGAAGAGCGUCAGAUGAAAGAACAGGGGGCCAGUGGUUAAGCUGUGGCUAGUGAGUGAGGUGUCAUUGUAUAGCGCCAAAAAAUAUCCAUACCCUCCCACCUCCUUUCCAUGGAGCUUCAAAUACAGAUGUUUUUAGUGGGAAGGGGGUUCUGGAAUUUCCAGAGGGGGAGGGAGAAAACCUACCCUGAACCCCCCCAGUGGGGGGAGUAUGUAUAUUUUCUGGAAAAAUACAAUUUGACGUCAAGUUUUAAGAUCCAAAUUGUGAGACAUUUACUCCUGUCAGGCUAAAGACCUUGUUAUGAUGCUUUCUUAUUUGCCAUAGAGCUAUUAUUUGCUGUGAUCUCUUGUCAUGACAUCAUGGCUAUCAUGAAUAUUAAAAAUAAACUCAUGUAAUGUGC